AUGCCGGCGACGAUGAUGCCAUAUCAGGGAAAGAAGAAAACGAGGAAUGCAAAAAGUUGUAGAAACUGGGGGGCCAUGAAUGAAGGAGAUAUUUUUGAAGAAGCGCUCCUCGCAGAUUCCAUGGCCAUCUCCGAUGCAUAUAAGGAUGGCUAUUCUGCGGGACACCAGGAAAAGAGCCAGGAUUUGUUUAGGCAAGGAUUUGAUGCUGGAUUUCAAAUGUCCACGCAGCUGGCCAAUUUGGCGAGCGACAUUCUAAAUUGCCCCAACGACGCCAAGUUACGGGGGAACGCACUGUCCAUUGCUAUGCUACUUUCAAAAUUGGAGCUUGAAAAUUCGGAUGAAAGCGCCCUUCUUCUUGAGAAAAUUCUGAAAAUAAAAAUUAUUUCGUCACCACUAGGGUUGGGGCUUGCAAAGAUACUGAUACUCAAGUUUAACCCACAAGAUCAUCGACAUAAAUUUUAA